UUGCAAAUAGAUGCACUCCCUGGUCCCCUAUUACAUUACGUAACACAAAUGCGUGAUAUAAACCGUAAAUUGAAUGAUCGACACUCAUAUGAAAUUCUCAAUUUUUAUAGUGAACAACAUAAAAUGAUUCGGCAAGACAAAUACUUUAUUAUUCUUAUGGAUAAA